AUGUUGUCCUUGUAUUUUAUCUUUCAGUGCGUGCUAUUUUUAUGGAGUUUAAAGAUUAAUCAUCCCAAAACAUUGUUUCUGCUUCGAGGAAAUCAUGAAUGCAGGCAUCUUACAGAAUAUUUCACCUUCAAACAGGAAUGUCGAAUAAAAUAUUCCGAGCAGGUGUAUGAUGCAUGCAUGGAUACGUUUGACUGUCUUCCUCUCGCUGCCCUGUUAAAUCAGCAGUUUCUGUGUGUACAUGGAGGGAUGUCCCCUGAAAUUACUUGUUUAGAUGACAUUAGGAAAUUAGACAGGUUUAAGGAACCUCCAGCCUUUGGGCCAGUGUGUGACCUGCUUUGGUCUGAUCCCUCAGAGGAUUACGGCAAUGAGAAGACCUUUGAGCACUAUAGCCACAACACUGUCCGAGGGUGCUCUUAUUUUUACAGUUACCCUGCGGUUUGUGAAUUUUUGCAGAAUAAUAAUUUGUUAUCAAUCAUCAGAGCCCAUGAAGCCCAGGAUGCAGGGUAUCGAAUGUACAGGAAGAGUCAAACAACUGGCUUUCCAUCACUUAUCACAAUUUUCUCUGCCCCCAAUUACCUAGAUGUCUAUAACAAUAAAGCUGCUGUGUUAAAGUAUGAAAACAAUGUCAUGAAUAUCAGGCAGUUUAACUGUUCUCCACACCCCUACUGGCUUCCAAAUUUUAUGGAUGUUUUCACGUGGUCCUUGCCUUUUGUUGGAGAAAAAGUCACAGAGAUGCUGGUUAACAUUCUGAACAUAUGCUCUGAUGAUGAAUUGAUUUCCGAUGAUGAAAUUGAAGGAGGUACGACAGUCCGAAAGGAGAUCAUCAAGAAUAAAAUCAGAGCCAUUGGGAAGAUGGCACGGGUCUUUUCAGUUCUUCGGGAAGAGAGUGAGAGUGUGCUGACUCUCAAGGGCCUGACUCCUACAGGUACACUCCCUCUGGGGGUCCUCUCAGGAGGAAAGCAGACUAUUGAGACAGCCACAGUAGAAGCGGUAGAGGCCCGGGAAGCCAUCAGAGGGUUUUCACUUCAGCACAGGAUCCGGAGUUUUGAAGAAGCUCGAGGCCUAGACCGAAUAAAUGAGCGGAUGCCUCCUCGCAAAGACAGCCAGCACCCCGACGGGCCCGUGAAACUGGUAAACCCUGUCCACCCAAACGUUGCACACAAGAGCGACCCAGGGAAGAAAAGCCAGUAAUGACUCAACCUGCUGUGAGGUGGAUCCAGAACCUCAGAACAAAUUUUAUUUAUUUAUUAUUGGAAAACAAAACAAUUUAAACCUGGAGGUGCAUUCAUAAUACACUCUGCAUUUAUUCUGUAAGAAAGGCAACCAUUUUAUAAAUUCUUUUAAUUUAUGUUCACUAUAUAUAAGAAGUACAUCUGUUUUGUUUUUCCCUUUUAUUCCUAAUUUUUAGGAAUUGAUCUGGUUGUUGUCAAUACACAUGUGAAGUCUUGUGCUAUAAGGGGACCUUCCCCCAAUAAAAGGGCCUUGGAAACCUCCACUUUAGGUUUCAGACUUGAACUAGCUAGCCUUUUCUCUUGUUUUUAGUAGGCAGUAUCUUUAAUUUCAGACUAAUAACUUUUCAAACAUAAGGGGGUUUUAUUUUAUUUUUAUUUUUUUUUCUCCUACAGGGCACUAUUAUAUAUCAAGAAUCUCUCAGAUUUCAGUGGCAAAAACAUUUCUUCUCAAUAGAAAACUUGAUGAUAGUAAAACUUCCAGGUGAAUAACUUAAACUUAGUGAUUUGAAAGGCCAAGAAGAAUGUUUUCCAUAAUAACUUACUUUCUUCUGGAUUCUCGGUUGCUAUUAGUAUCUUCUAUUAAAGCAAAAUAAAAACUAAUGAGGGAUUUUCUUAGAAUCCCUUGAAAUGUGUUCAUUUCAAUUUCCCUUUUGAACUUUUGGGAGAAAAAGAUUUUCAGAAAGCUUUACCUAUCGCCAAAUACUUUUGCUUUCAUUUUUGAAACCUACGUGAUUUAACCCCACCCACAAAGAAAGCCACCUGCUGUGUAUCGCGGCACCUUCAGCAGUGAGGAGUUGUCGGGGCCCUCCCAUUAUUAGGG